UAGGUUUGUUCCAACACGACCGAGAACCGUCACGAAACGGUAAUGCUCCUGCGCAGUAAACAAAAUCCGUUCCAACAAAAAUAUGAUCGUCAUCGGAUCGUCCUUCCCACUGUUCCAACAAGAAAUGUGAUCUUUCGGUGACGGUUUCGUGAUGAUCAUUUCAGUAAUCGGGCAAAUGCAUUUGGACUGACUUGCGCACUAGGACUUAAUUCUUUAAAGUUUUUGAGCCUUUGAUCGACUAAAAGCACACAAGCUGUCACCAAUAAAAAUGACAAAUAUAUGAUUACCGUCAUGGGACGAUAACUGGGCGAUACAAUUACGAACAUGCGCACAACAAACGGUACAAGUAGUUUCGUGACGGUUUCUGGACCGUCCAAAAGUUCAUGUUGGACGGUCCAGAAACCGUAACGACGAUUACCGUCCUGCGCAGUACCAUGGAACGUAUUAUUUCGUUGCCAUGGAACGUUAAUUAUCUAGUAACGAAACGGUAAUCCUGACGGUCAUUGGUCGUGAAAACACGAUAAUUUUGGCAACAACGUGGCAUCCCUGGCUCCACGGAACAUCACUGUCAUGUGAUCUGUCAUCUAUCACUUUGCUGUUGACGUUUUUUUAACGUUUUUUGAUUUUGCCGAUUUUUUUUGGAAAAUACAAGAUCAAGAUGUAAAUUUUGCAUAGUAUUUUAAAACGUGUAUUUUUGCACAAUUUACUGGUAAACAUACUAGAUAUUUAUUUUCUACUUCGUUAAUUACUAUUAAGACAAUUGGAUACAUUUGUUUACUUUCCAAUAUCACAAAUCUUUGAUUUGAAGAAUAAAGCAGAAGAUAAUUCAGUUUUAUAAAUACAAGUACAAUAUGUAUGUAAUUGAAAUUUAAAGAUUAGUCCUAAACAGUGUGAUUUGUAUUUAAUUAGCUGUACUAUGGAAAUAAAAACUGAAAUUAAGCAAGAGCUUGUGGAAGGUGACCUAAGAUAUGUAGACAGUCAGUUUUCCUCAUCCAUAAGUCCUGGAGCUUUGAAAAAUGAACCAGCAGACAAUUAUUCAGCUAUGGAAAUAAAAGCUGAAAUUAAGGAAGAGUGUCUGGAUGGUGACCUAAGACAUAUAGACAGUCAAUUAUCCUCAUCCGUAUAUCUUGAGGAUACGAAGAAUGAAUCUAAUGAUAACACAGACCCUCUCGGAGAGAAGAAGACAUUGGAAGUUAUAGAAAAAAUAUCCCUACAUAACUGUAACAAAGAAUGUGUGACUCGACCUGAUGAAGAAAAAAAAUGUGAAAUGUGUAUUAAGGAGCUUGGUCAUAAAAGUUAUUUAAACAACCAUAUGAAAAUACACACUGGAAAAGAACCUUACAAGUGUGAAAUCUGUUUGAAGGAAUUUUGUGCAGCAGUACAUUUGAAACAACACUUACGAAUGCACACUGGAGCAAAGCCUUAUAAGUGUGAAAUUUGUUUUCAGCAGUUUACUCAAGCAGGAAAUUUGAAAAUACACUUAAGAACACAUACUGGAGAUAAGCCUUACAAGUGUAAAAUUUGUUUUAAGCGUUUUAAUUAUUCAGGCAGAUUGAAGGAACACUUGAGAGUGCACACUGGAGAAACACCUUACAAGUGUGAAAUUUGUUUUAAGCUAUUUAGUGUAGCAGGAAAUUGGAAAAAGCACUUACGAAUGCACACUGGAGAAAAUCCUCACCAGUGUGAAAUUUGUCUUAAGCAAUUUACUCAAGUAGGCAGUUUGAAAAAUCACUUAAGAUUGCACACUGGAGAAACACCUUACAAGUGUGAAAUUUGUUUUAAGCAAUUUAGUGUAGCAGGAAAUUUGAAAACACACUUACGAAUGCACACUGGAGAAAAGCCUCACAUGUGUGGAAUUUGUUUUAAGCGAUUUAGUGCAACAGGAGAUUUGAAAACACACUUACGAACACACACUGGAGAAAAGCCUUACAAGUGUAAAAUUUGUUUUCAGCAAUUUGCUCAAACAGGCAGUUUGAAAAAUCACUUAAGAUUGCACACUGGAGAAACACCUUACAAGUGUCAAAUUUGUUUUAAACAAUUUAGUGCAGCAGGAAAUUUAAAAACACACUUACGAAUUCACACUGGAGAAAAGCCUCACAAGUGUGAAAUUUGUUUUAAGCAAUUUAGUCAAUCAAGUGAUUUAAAAAAACAUUUGAGGGUGCACACUGGGGAAAAACCUUAUAAGUGUGAAAUUUGUUUUAAGCAAUUUAGCCGAUCCUAUGAUUUGAAAAGACAUUUGAGAGUAGUGCACACUGGAGAAAACCCUUAAAAGUGUGAAAUUAGUUUUACGCAAUUUAGUCAAUCAAAUGAUUUGAAAACACACAAGUGCAUAUUGAAGAAAAGCCUCACAUAAGUGUGAAACUUGUUUGAAGCAGUAUAUUCAAAAGCGUAAGCCCUGGCGCAAAUUGAAUCUAAAGCCGAAUUUAGAUUAUUCACUGAUGAUGAUUCAUCCGCAAUGAAAGGUAUAAACAUACUCUUCAUAUAUGUUGUAUAUUUACUUAUUUAAGUUAUGGCAUUUCGGAACACACGCCAAUACCAUACUUUGGAAGCUGUCAAAGAAAUGUCACACGCAGACAGAACACUGUAAUGUCGGCAAUGAUGUCAUGUUGAAGAUGUCCAUCUUGUCUCGUGUAAAGAUACAAAUUAAUGUGAUUCAAUAAGUAGCCCAUAGUUUUAUCAAAUACAUAACAUUAUUUUGGCGACGAGUCCCGAUCGAAUCCAAGCAGGCAAAGUCCGCAAAUUAGUCGUCUGAAGUCUGGUCGCGUGUAAAGUAUUUGUGCAUUGUAAAGUAAGGUCAAAAAAUGUCGUUAAUCGGUUCAAUAGAGCAGUUCAAUCCUAGAGACUCGGACAUUUCAUCGUAUAUAGAGGGACUAGAACAGUUGUUUAUCUGUAAUAAGGUUGAAGAUGAUAAGAAAGUGCCUUUACUAAUAACGUUAAUAGGGGGAGAGGCUUACAAUGUCCUGAAGGAUUUACUAGCUCCAGAUUUACCCAGCAAAAAGUCUUUUGCAGUACUAAAACAAACAUUAAAAGAUCAUUUCAGUCCAAAAAGGCUUGUAAUAGCUGAACGUUAUAAAUUUUAUAAUGCAAUUCAAGAGCAAAACGAAGAUAUAAAGUCUUUUGUUACAAGAUUGAAAAAGUUAUCACAGCACUGCAACUUUGGUCAAUUCUUAUCUGAAUGUCUUAGAGACAAGUUAGUUUGUGGUGUGAGGUCGUAUGCCAUUAAAAAAAAGUUGUUAUCAGAAGACAAGUUAACACUUGACAAAGCUUCUGAAACAGCUUUAGCAAUGGAACUUGCAGAAGGUCAGGUGAGAACAAUGGGUGCUGAGCGUAAUUUGUCUUGUGUGACAGAAAACUUGGACAAGUUGUCAUUUAAAAAUAAAAAUGUCAUUAAGAAUACAAAAUACAGCACUCCUGGUCCUAGUCAAAAUAAAGAGUCAAGAAGUCAGAGAAGAGAGUUGAAGUCAUGUUUCAGAUGUGGUAGGAAACACGAGCCAGAAAAGUGUCCAGCAAAAAGUUGGGAAUGUUUUAAGUGUUAGAAGAUUGCGCACACAAGUCGUGUCUGCAGAAGUGGUAAUGUCAAUACAGUGGAAGAAAAUUCAGAAGAAGAAGAGGACAACAAUUCCUUGGUUUUAGGUUUUUUGUCUACCUUAGAGUCAGGAAAGGUCCCUCCAGAGUAGGUAUGGCUGGAAAUUUAAAGUAAGAAGGUUUGUUUUGAAAUAUGUAGAUUGUGGUGCUUGCAGGUCAGUUAUUCAUAUUGAUGAUUUUAUUAAGUAUUUUCCUGAGUUAAAAUUAUAUUCUGUAAGAUAUGAUUUAAGAGUUCUAAUUGGUCAAUGCGUGUCAAUAGUAGGUGAAACAGAUGUUCUUGUAAAAUCAAACAAUGAAAUUGUCAAUUUACCAUUAGUAGUAUUAAAAAGUAAUCAUAAAUUUGCACCUUUGUUAGGAAGAAACUGGUUAAACAUACCUAACCCCAAUUGGAGACAAAAAAUGAAUUUUAAUGUAUCAAAUCUCAAAAGUAGUCCAGAGUCCAUAAAUUUAUGUCAUUCCGAGUCAGAAAGUCAAAGUAAAAAGAUGUCAACAAAUUUUAAUAAUGAAAUGCAUGUCUUAAAUUUAGUGUCAGACUUGAAGAAGGGGUUUAGAAAUGUUUUUGAGGCCGAGCCUGAUUCAUGCAUAAAAAAAUUUGAAGUAGAUCUUAAACUGAAAGAGGGAGCUCAGCCAGUAUUUCACAGAGCUUAUAAUAUGCCAUAUGCAUUAAGAGAAAAAGUUGAGUUAGAAUUAUCAAAUAUGAUAAAGUCUGGAAUUUUAAAAAAAGUAACGUAUAGUAACUGGGCUAGUCCCAUGGUCGUGGUGCCUAAAAAGAAUUCACAUGAAAUUAGGAUUUGUGUAGACUUAAAAAAAACUCUAAAUCAAGCAUUAGAUGCAGAUCAUUGUGUUUUGCCAUUACCUGAGGAUAUUUUUGCAUGUCUCAGGGUCAAAAAUAUUUCUCGGUCAUUGAUUUGAAGGGGGCAUAUCAACAAUUAAAAGUGAGUCCGCACAAAAAUUGUUGGUUAUUAAUACUCACCUAGGUCUUUUUUCAUAUACUAGACUUACUUAUGGUGUAAGCUCGGCUCCAGGCAUUUUUCAAUCUAUUAUAGAGACCAUUUUGUCAGGUUUGAGUGAAACUAAAUGCUAUUUGGAUAUAAUUGUUUUUGGUGCAUCCUUGCAGGAAUGUUAUCAAAAUGUGCAAAAGGUUUUAGAAAGACUUUUAGAUUUUAAUGUUAAAGUUGAUGAAAAAAAAUGUAAAUUUUUUCAAACAAAAAUAGAGUUCUUGGGGCAUGUUGUUGGUGUUAAUGGUAUCCACCUUACUCAAGAGAAGGUUGAUGCAAUAAAAUCUGCACCUUCACCAAAUUCAUUAACAGAGUUAAAGUCUUAUCUAGGGUUACUAAAUUACUAUGGAAAAUUUAUCCCCAUGUUGUCGAGUAAACUAAGACCUUUGUCAGUCUGUUAUUGAUUUCACUAAAAACUGGACACAAGAAUGUGAAGAUUAACAUUUCAAUUAAGUAAAAAACUUUUAACCUCUGAAAGUGCCUUAACCCGUUAUAAUCCUAAUCUGCCAAUUUAUGUAACGUGUGAUGCUAGUGGAUAUGGUGUAGGAUGUGUUAAGUCAUAAAAUAAAUAAUAUUGAAAAACCAGUAAUGUUUGGGUCAAGUACUUUGUCUGUAAACGAAAAAAUUAUAGUAAUUUAGAGCGUGAGGCCCUUGCAAUUAUUUUUGCAAUAAAAAAAUUUCAUAAAUAUCUGUAUGGAAGAAAAUUUGUCUUAAUUACGGAUCAUCAACCUUUACAGUUCAUAUUUGGAAAAAACAAAGGUAUCCCGACAUCUGCUGCAUCUAGAAUCACACGAUGGGCAGUUACAUUAUCUGGGUAUCAAUAUGACAUUCAAUAUAGAAAAGGUUCGUCUAUCAGUAAUGCUGAUGGAUUGUCACGUUUACCUUGUAAUAAUAAAGCAGAGAUUUCUGAUUUUUUAUAUUCGUUUAGUUUGCUUAAUCAAAUACCUCUUAAUGCAGAAGAUAUAGUCAAGGAAACAAAUAAAGAUCUAAUUUUACUUAAGGUAAAAGAUUUUACUAUUUCUGGGAUUCAGAUAGGACAUAAUUAUGUCUUAGAUUCUAGUUUGGAGCCCUAUUUUAAAAAAAGAAAUGAGUUGUCUGUGGAGAACAAUUGCAUUUUACUAGGGAAUAAAACAGCUGUACCAAAAGUCUUGCAAAAUGAAGUUUUAAAGUUAUUUCAUGAACAGCAUGAUGGAAUAGUACGUAGUAAAAUUCUAAUGCGAUCCUACUGUUGGUGGCCUAAUAUGAAUGAGUGUAUAGAAAUAUUUGUAGCAUCUUGUGAGAUAUGUCAACAGAAUCAAAAUUUUACUAAUAAUAAUAGCAUGUUGUCAUCAUGGUCAUCAUCACCACAUAAUUUUUUUAGAGUUCAUAUUGAUUUCUUUAAGAAAUUUGGAUUUAAUUUUUUGUUGCUUUUGGAUCAAAAGUCUAAAUGGCUAGAAAUCAAAAUGAUGAAAAAUGGCACAGAUACUUCAGAAACAUUUUAUGAGUUAAAAACUAUUUUUGCUAAUUUUGGUCUUCCAACAGAACUAGUUUCUGAUAGCGGUCCUCCAUAUAAUUCUAUCGAAUUUGUGUCAUUUUUGCAGGCAAAUGGAAUUAAACCUGUUAAGUCACCAGGAUAUCACCCACAAAGUAAUGGGUUGGCUGAAAGGGGCGUUCAAACAAUUAAAAAAACUUUAGAAAAACAUUGUUUUCAGACAAGGGAAAAGAAAUGUCAGAAAAAUUAGUUUUGAAUAAGUUACAAAAUUAUCUUUUUAGUUACAGAAAUAUCACUUCGACUGUAACAGGAGUCUCACCUGCCGAAGCUGUAAAACCAUCAAGUCAAAAUAUAUGUAUUAAAUCUAAUAACAUAACUAAUCGAUCUUUAUAUAAGAUAAACCAAAAUGUUUUUGUAAAAUAUAAGCGUACUAAGCUGUGGCAAAAGGGUGUUAUUAAAAAAGUCCUAACUUUUAGUAGGUACAUACCUUGUUCAAAUAGAGGACAAUAUUAAGUUUGUUCACUCAGAUGAUUUAAGAAGUAGUGUUUAUGAGACUUUACCAAUACAAGAUAGUGUUUUACCGGAGGUGCGUGAUGUAGUUGUGCAACCAAAAAUAAGUGCUAGCCCGUCGUUAAUUUUAGAUAGAGGUAAUAAGAAUCAUGUCAUGGAAGUUGAAGUUGCACCAAACAAUUUUAUUCAGUCACCAGUUUUAGAAACAACUUAGCAUGCUGCUAGUUCUAUUACAACUACAACUUCACCUUCUAUUCAAUCACCCCUACACACUAGAUCUGGUAGAAUUAUUAAAGCACCUACCAGAUUUAAUCUUUAAAAAGAAGGGGAGAAAUGUUGUAUAUUUACUUAUUUAAGUUAUGGCAUUUCGGAACACACCCCAAUACCAUACUUUGGGAGCUGUCAAAGAAAUGUCACACGCAGACAGAACACUGUAAUGUCGGCAAUGAUUUCAUGUUGAGGAUGUCCAUAUUGACUGCGUUCACCAGAUGCAAACACGUUCACAAAUGUUUGCUCUUUGAUUCUAAACUUGUUGACAGCGAGCUGAACGGUUGGUUGUUUAAUUUAAAAUUUGACAUUUUGCUUGCUUGGUUUGAACGUAACCUAAAAUAAAUUUUCUCAAUAAAUACGUUUUGAAUUUAUUUUAUUUAUUAAAGGAAAAAAGAAAAUUUAUUUAAUAGAUAAUAACGUAGCAGAAUGUCUUCAGUAGCCUUUAUUUUAUAUAUAAAACCCUUAUCAAUAUAUUCUACAAUAUAUACAAUUUAAAUUCCCGCCAUAUUUUUUCAAUAUUCAACACGUUUGCAAAGUUCAACUCAAAUAUCUUAUGUAUGCAAAAAUGGCGACCGCUUUCCAAACAUGUUUGACGUUAGCAAGUCGUUCAGAACCAUAAAGCGCAAACUGAUUGCCAACGUUUGCAUCUGGUGAACGCGCCCAUUGUUUCGUGUAAAGAUACAAAUUAAUGUGUUUCAAUAAAGUAGUCAAAGUCG